AUGUCGUGUUAUGCCAUGAUGGUUUUCUUACUGUCGGGGGGUUUAUGCAAAGAUAUCGAAUAUGUCCUAAACAAAUAUUGGUGGUCUGGCUCCACUACUAAAGGGAAGGGCGUUAAAUGGAAAUCAUGGAAUGGGCUGUGUGCACCAAAGAAAAAAGGAGGCUUAGGCUUCAGAUGCAUAAGAGAGAUGAAUUUGGCCCUAUUAGGCAAGCAGGUAUGGCGUUUACUCACGAGACCUGAAUCUCUUGUCACAAAGGUGUAUAAGUGUCGUUAUUAUCCUAUAUGCUCUUUGUUUGAGGCCACUGCUGGUAGUAACCCAUCCUUUGUCUGGCGGGGGUUGCUUGAAGCUCUGGAUGCAAGGAAGUCGGGGUGUUAUAGGAGUAUUGGUGAUGGCAGAAGUACUAUAAUCGGACGUGACCCUUGGCUGCCUUGUGCCGAGAAUUCAUAUGUCACGACUGAUCUGCAUGAUUCGAUUAAGGACGUUCUUGUUUCUUCCCUACUAAAUGUGCAGGGUUCUAACUGGGAUGAAGAGUGCUUUUAA